UCCUGUAGGGCCCUGCGACCUGCGUCGUUGGCCAUCCUUCCGGCUUCCUCUCUGGACUCCGACUCUGGGCUCUGCCUCAGUGCCUCCAGCUCCACUGCUCGUCUGCUCCAGCCAUUGAAGCCAUUGACACGGAGUGACGGAGAGGCGAGGUUACGAAUUCCAGAUUUCAGGAUGUUUGAUAAAGUUCAACUUAUUAUUCAUCAUGGAGGGACAUUUGUUCAGCGCCCAAAAACCAUGUAUAAAGGUGGUGGGGUUGAUUGUGUGGAGAUAGAUCCAGACUUCAUUUGUUACCCGCACCUUAUGAAGUGUUUGCGCUCAGGAAGGUAUGGAAAUAUACAAGGGUUGUACUUCAAAAGACCGCACGAUCCAAUGGGGGAACUGUAUGAAUUGUUUGACGACAAGACCACAUUGCACUUAAUACAUUUGGCCAGUCAUUGCGGUAAAAUUGAAGUCUUUGUUGAGCAUGGCUUGGACGAGGUUGAAUUAGUUGACCUACACCUUGUCCCUAAUGAGCCAUUUGAGCCACACCCUCAAGAUGAAACACCAGCCACACAUGCAGAGAGUAGGAAUGCAGUUGACGUAGAUUGUGCUGAAGGUGAACAGAAUGGGAAUGAAGAAGAAAUGUGUGACCGUCGUGAUGAAAAUGAUCAAGAAAUGCCUCAAGUGAAUGAAUCAGAACAAGAUGGAAGUGAGGACGGUGAAAGUGAACACUAUAUGGAUUCAGAGGCUGAAUCAGAUGGGGGUAAUGGUUAUAAAAAGAGUGCUUUACAUUCCUCAUAUAAUCCAGAGUCUGAGCCGCCUUUAAUCGAGUUAGCAAUGUUAUUUGAAGAUGGUAGACAAUUUAAAAAUGCUAUUAUCAGAUAUGCCUGCCAUGAAAAGAAAGAUGUUUAUUUCAAAAAAACGAGCCAAUGAGGGUAAGGGUCAAAUGUGCUAAAAAUUGCCCAUAUACCUGCACGGCCAGUUGGGAACGCAGGUUGCGUUGUUUCUAAGUAAAGGUGCUAAAUCCAAUACAUUUGUGUAAUACAAAAUUUAAGUUGAGGGUUGUAAGUCAAAAUUGGAUUGCGGAUAGGUAUGAGGAAAAGGUAUUAGAGAACCCUUCUAUAGGUGCAACAGAAUUGAAAAACCUCAUCAAAGCAGACCUAAAGAUCAAUGUGUCUAUAAGUAUGGUGACUAGAGCUCUGAAAGAAAUUAAGGUGAAGACAGAAACUGCCUUUAAAGAUCAAUUCAAGAAACUGAGGGAUUAUGCUCAGGAGUGCCUCAACUCUAUUCCCAACAGCACUAUUGUCAUCCACACCGUGAGAGUGGUCCCUGAUGCUCCUCCCGUAUUUCAAAGGAUUUAUAUUUGUUUUGGUCCAGUGAAGAGAGGGUUUCUUGAUGGUUGUAGAAAAGUGAUAGGUUUAGAUGGUUGUUUUCUCAAGGGCCAAUUGAAGGGUGAGAUAUUAACUGCAGUGGGAAGAGACGCUAAUAACCAAAUGUACCCAAUAGCAUGGGCUGUGGUUGAAAUUGAAAAUAGUUCAUCAUGGACCUGGUUCCUGGAGCUUCUUAAGAAAGACUUGGAGAUUACCACGGCCGAGUCUUGGACACUAAUUUCUGAUCAACAAAAGGGUUUGUCCAAUGUCAUAUCUCAUGUGUUCAGUGGAGCAGAGCACAGAAACUGUGCUAGACAUAUCCAUGCAAAUUGGAGCAAAAAGCAUGGUGGAAUGGUGCUUAGGAGACAUUUUUGGGCAUGUGCUAAAUCUCCAAAUGAACCUCUAUUACACCGCACACUACAUGACUUACGCAAGCUUGACCCAGAAGCUGCUCAAGACCUGGAAAAGUACCCUUUUAAAUUGUGGUGUAAGGCUUAUUUCCGGACAGAUGUGAAUUGUGACACGGUUGAGAAUAAUCUGUCUGAGCCCUUCAAUGGCACUUUAUUGAAGUGCAGGGAAAAGCUACUCAUACCUAUGUUGGAAGACAUCCGGGUUGCGAUGAUGAGGAGGAUUGGUAAGAAGAGGAAUGGAGUGCUUAAGUGGUCAGGAAAUUGUGGACCAUUGAUUGCAAAGAAGCUGAAUAAGAACAUUUUUGCUAGUCAAGGUUGGCAUGUGGAUUUUAAUGGUGAUGAUGGAUAUGAGAUCAAGAAAGGGAGGCAGCAGUUCAAGGUAAGCCUUAGUGGUAGGUCAUGUUCAUGUAGAAGAUGAGAUCUCUCUGGAAUCCCAUGUGCACAUGCAAUUUGUGUCAUCUUUAACAAAGGAUUGGAUCCUGAAGACUUUAUCCACACAUGCUACUCCAAGGAUAUGUAUAAAAGCACAUAUGCAUACACUUUAGACCCUAUUAAUGGUGAC